GACGAAAAAGAAAAGAAACAAAAAAUUCUGGAAACUAAACAGAACCAAGAAAUCAAAACAAAAACAGAAAAAAGAACCAAGAUUGAUAUUGGGUAAUCUCUCUGAGAAAAAAAGGUGAACAUAAAUCAGCGAUGACAGAAGAUAGUGGCGCUAGGGUUCCCUCGGAUGUGCCCAAUGAUGCCUUACAAACAAGGCAAAGGAAGAAAAGAAAGUGGGAUCAACCUGCAGCAGCUUUGGUUUCAGCUGGUUUAGCAGUGCCUGGGGCUUUCCCAUUGGGAAAUGUGGGAUUGCUUGAUGGGAUUACAGUUCCUGGCGUAACUCCAGUGACUGGUGCUCAUCUGAUGAAUCCACUUGAGGCUAGUCGUCCUACCAUCCCUCAGGUGUAUCAGGUACCUCUGAUACCGCAACAGACUGCCACGGUCAUCCAAAAAUUAAUUCAACCAAAGAUCCAAGAUGAGUUAAUAGCACGAGAAAUUGUUAUCAACGAUGCAGAGUCUCUUGUUCGUUAUAAGCUGACAAAACGCCAAACACAGGAGGAGAUCCAAAGAUGCACUGGUGCUGUGGUGAUAACAAGGGGCAAGUAUCGUCCACCAAAUGCAUCAACUGAUGGUGAAAAGCCAUUAUAUCUUCAUAUUUCUGCAGGGGCUAAUUUAAAAGAGACAGCAGAAAGGAUUUUAGCAGUUGACCGGGCUGCUGCCAUGGUUGAAGAAAUGCUGAAACAGGGUCAGAAUCCGACUAUGAGCAACGGAUUGACGGCACCAAACACUUGUGUUUAUUUGGGCUUUGACGCAGAUCCGUCAUGGAGCAUUGCUGCUCGUAUACGUGGGCCAAAUGACCAGUAUAUAAAUCACAUUAUGAAUGAAACAGGAGCAACUGUGUCACUCAGAGGGCGUGGUUCAGGAAAUCUUGAGAGUGUAAAUGGCGAAGAAGGACAGCUACCAUUGCAUUUAUUCUUGUCAAGUAAUAAUUCAAAAAGUCUUGAAGAUGCUAAACUUCUGGCUGAAAAUCUUUUGGAUACAAUCAGUGUAGAGUGUGGUGUCUCCAGGGUUUCAUCAUCUAAGGUUUAUAGUGCUGUUCCACCCCCACAGCAGGUAUAUAGUGCUGUUCCACCACCGCAUCAGUUGUUGGCUGGAGUUCAGAGUUCAGGAAAUGAGGUAAAAACAAUUACAAGUUUGUCGCCUCCAACUGUGGGUGCUACACCAGCUCCGGCAGUUUCCUCUGUUGGAACCCCUGUGGGCGCUACUGUCUUUUCUCAAGGGGCAAUAUCUCAACCUGGAGGGUUGUUAAACUCUGUGCAAUCUCACGCAAACAUUGGUGGUUAUCCCCAACCUCUACCUCUAUUAUCUAAUGGAACAAGCUACAAUGGAUACGGUGGGAUAUAUCCUCAAGUCACACCUUUGCAACAAGUUGCUCUUGCCCUUAGACAGUCAUCCCCUAUCCCUUCUACAGUUGCUUCCACAACAUCAGCGCCAAGCACUGAACCAAAGUUGAAUGUUAACUCCACUUCUGGUUCUGAGAAGGAGAAACGACCUCCACAGUCACAGAGGCGGAAGUUUCAGGAGUUACCAGUUGGUCCUGCAAAAGUCCAUCAGUGCUUGCUAUUCCAGGAACUGGAAAUGUCAAAGCCAAAUGAACUGUUGGCAGAUUUGGGUGUGAGAAAUGUAUCAACUAUGCCAGCUCCAAAGAAAUUGGUCCAGCCAGCAUCAAAUGGAAUGCCACCACCCCUACCUAGAACAAUGCCGCCACCUCCACCAAAAUUCACCUCAUCAGCACACGUUCUGACCAAAACAAAAUCUGAUGAUGUCCCUGAUACUUUGGUCAAGCUGAUGGAAUAUGGUGAGGAUGAUGAUGACUCUGAGGAAACUAACGAAGAAUUACCCACUAGCAAUUCUGGUGCAGUGACAGCUCGAAAGCCUUUCUGGGCGUUAUGAGUUUUCAGUUAGCAUUAGCUGGUCAAUUGUUCGCGACAAACUAAUGGCUCCUGAUCAGAAUUUCUCUAAAUACAUGCAAAUGAAUGGAUUCAUCCAGCUCCAUGUGGUGGGAUAUUGGUGUCAUGAGAAAGCUAAAGGCAGUGCAGUGGAUUUUUGCUGUUCUAUGAUUCCGGAAAUUCAAGAUCUGUUGCUCUUGGCUGUCAUUGGGCUCUUUCCUAGAGAAUGAAGGGGAGAGCUAUGUUGUAUCAAGUACAGAUGUAGAUUCGUAGUAGUUUUUCUGUGUUUUGGUUUAAGGGUUAGUUUCAUUAGAUUGUCAGCUUGCGGGUAUAUUCACUGCCAAAGGUUAUAUAGGAAUCAGUAAGAUCGAAGUUGUGUAUUAUGUAUCCGCAAGGCGUUCGUGAUGAAUUUUCUUUGCUUUUGUAUUUCCCGUUAACUUAAUCCAUUUUCUGUGAAAUUCUAUCCAGUUGAAGGCUUGAAGCUGUUUUUAGGGGAAAUGCUAGCAAUCUUCUUUCUAA